UGGAUUAGAACUCAGGUCCUCUGACUUUCAGGCCUGUGCUUCUUCCACUAGGUUGAACGUCUUCCCUACAGGUUUUCAACAGAAGAUUGUGAGCAAUGCACACUGCUAUGUGUGCAGACUUACAUACAGACUUGAGUUGUGAAGGGGGCACAGGUCUGGAUGGGAGUACUUGUUGGGGAAGGAAAAAAAGGAGUUUUAGAUUGAGUUUAAAAGGGAAUUUGGGUUCCAGACCAAGGUGGGAGCAGAACUCAGACCUUCCUCCCCAUCUCGCCCUUCUUCUUCCCCUGAGAAUCCCUGGGUAAUGCACUACUGCCCCUCUCCCCACUCCUUCCUUGGGGGAAGAACUAGCAGGAUGGACACAGAGAGGGCAAGCCUAAGAGAAAGCAGUGUUUUCCUGUUUCCAUGGGGAUGCUGUGCUGGGAGAAAUACUUAAAGCCCAAGGAUGUAGAGAAGGGGAGACAGACCAUCCAACUAAGGACACAGGGCUCUCCCUGGGAAUCACUAGAGGCCCCUUUUCUCCCACCCCACUGUUCCCUCUCCUCAGCCCAACCUGGCCAGGGAAACUCUCGCCCUUGGUCCUUACCCACAGUGACUCUGAGCUACAGCUCUAGCCCCUCUCUGGGGGAGGGGCAGGGAAAGAGUCAGAAGGAGACCUGGAGUCCCCGCCCUUGGUCUGGGCUUUUAGCGUGGCUUGGUGCAGAUGCACAGCAAGGACUUGGGGCCCUUGUACUUUCCCUCUCCUGUGGAGCUCCAACUUCCCAGAAGCCAAGGAAAAUGCUGAAUUACCCCCUAUUUACUUCUGAGGAUAUUUUUGUGAAUUCUAUUUCAGCUCCCCUCUUCCCUUCGAGUUUGUCUUUGAUGGUGGCCCUGAGUGUGACCCUCCCUGUGUUGGGACUGCUCAUCGCUGGGGGCCUCCUUCUCAUCUGGAAACACUCCAGGGACAAAGAGAAACUCCUACUCCAGCUCAAGUGGAGUCGGGCCCAGUUACACAAGGUGGAUGUCACUCUGGAUCCAGACACAGCUCAUCCGCAACUCAUCCUGUCUGAAGAUUGGAAGCAAGUGAUACGGGGAGACACACUGCAGGACCUGCCCGACAAUCCUAAGAGAAUUGAUGUGGAGCCCUGUGUGCUGGGCCGCAAGGGCUUCACCACAGGGAGACAUUGCUGGGAGGUGGAGGUGGGAGACAACAGUGCCUGGGGUCUGGGAAUUUGUAGGGAGAAUGUGGGGAGAAAAGGAGAUAUCAUCAUGUCACCUGAGAAUGGAAUCUGGGCUGUGGCAUUGUGGGGACAAUACCAGGCUUUCACUUCUCCCCUCACCCCUCUCUCCCUGACCACACGUCCCCGCCGGGUGGUGGUUUACCUGGACUACGAGGCUGGAGAUAUCUCGUUCUUCAGUGGGACUGAUGGAUCCCACAUCUACUCUUUCACUCACGCCACCUUCUCUGGGACUCUUCUGCCUGGCUUUUGCCUUUUGUCUAAUCAUCCAACCCCUCUGACUAUCUGCCCUGUUCCUGGAGUUGCUGAAGGAGAAGCUGAUCCUGACCCUGGCCUGCCUAUUCUCAGGAGAUCCUAGUGACCUCCCCUUCCUCUCCCAGGGGCUGGACUAGCCUCCGUUGCUGGGGAUGGAGAGUCCCUCUCCAGGUCCAAUGCCACGUUGCUGCCCCCACCUUCCUGCCAUCUCCCCCCUGCCUCCACUGGAUUUAGCAUUUAACAUUGUACUAAACGCUGAGGAAGGUAAAGCUAAUCAGGUUGGAAACAGACCCUAUUCCACAUGGAGCUCACAGUGUUAAUCUCCAUUUUACAGUUGAGGUGUCUGAGACACAGAAAAGUUAAGUACUCACACCUUAGAGAGGUGGCAGAACCAGCACUAGAACCCAGGUCUUUCUGACUCUUUGGCCUGCGCUGUAUCCACGAGGCUAUGUCAGGGCUCUAAGGCUCGCCCUGGAGCUGGCUAACAAGGGCAGAGCUACCUACACUUUACCAUCAGCUAUCUCCAUCCACUGUCUUUGCUGUACUCCAUGCCCCAGUGGGAAAAUGAAGGACAGGACCGGAGAUUGUGAAUGGUGCCACUUCAACCACCAGCACUAAAAUCAAAUUCUCUGUUCACGUUCUCAUCCUGAGUUCUCAGACCUGAGGCUCAUCAAUCAAUCAAUCAAUGCUAUUUAUUGAGCACUUACUAAGUGCAGAACUAUUCUAAACUCU